AUGUUCCUGGUCGGACUCUCGGGUGGAAUCGCAUCGGGGAAGAGCACGGUGGUGGCCGUACUCCGGGAACUGGGCUGUGCCGUGAUUGAUGCCGAUGUUAUUGCCAGAGAGGUGGUGCAGCCCCGCUGCAAGGCCUAUCGGCAGAUCGUGCGUUACUUUGGCACCGAGAUCCUCUUGGAGAACGGCGAGAUAAAUCGUGAGGCUUUAGGAAACAUUAUCUUCUCCCACCCGGAGAAACGGCAGCUGCUGAACUCCAUCACCCACCCGGAGAUCCAGAAGGAGAUGCUGAAGCAGGUCCUGAAGUACUUUGUGCUGGGCUACCGCUACGUGAUCCUCGACAUCCCUCUGCUCUUCGAGACCAACAGCUUGACCAAGCUUAUGAAGUACACGGUCUUGGUUUAUUGGUAACGACCCGCCAAGCUCUCUCGGCUGAUGAAGAGGAGCGGGCUGUCCCGGGCGGAGGCAGAAGCUCGAAUCGCCUCCCAGUUGCCGCUGGACGAGAAGCGCAAAUUAGCGAGUCACGUCAUCGACAACUCCGGGGACCGGGAGAGCACGCGCCGGCAGGUCCUGCGGCUGCACGCCCGCCUGGAGGAUUCCCUGGAUUUCCUCUGGGCACGGCUGGCAGCGGGCACGGUUGUAGCUGGGAUUGGAGGGCUGGUGUACCUCCUCCUCCGGCAUUUCAUCUCUUAA